AUGAGCCGGCCCAGCCGGCUGCAGAGGCAAGUUCUGAGCCUGUACCGCGAGCUGCUGCGCGCCGGGCGCGGGAAGCCGGGCGCCGAGGCACGGGUGCGGGCCGAGUUCCGGCAAAACGCCUGCCUCCCACGCUCCGACGUGCUACGCAUCGAGUACCUCUACCGCCGCGGGCGGCGCCAGCUCCAGCUGCUGCGCUCCGGCCACGCCACGGCCAUGGGCGCUUUCGUACGCCCGCGGGGCAGAACCGAGGAGCCCGGCGGCACGGAGACCCUGGGGAUCCCGUCUGACGACGAUGACGAUCCAAGGAGUACAAGGGCACCGCAGACCCGGUCCGAAGGACAGUGACAUGCAGAAGGGCUCACUCGAUGGCGCAGGGAAACUGGGGGACCUGCCUGGUUGCGU